AAGCGCGCGUUCGAUUCAAAUUUGAAACCGAUCGGGGGUGGGCGGUUAUAAAGAUUGACGGACAGGUUAAUCGUUCGGUAUUGUGUUUCCGUGCAGAGUGCGGGUGCGACAACGUCAUGAGGUUCCUUGUGGCCAUACUAUUCGUCGUUGCGGUGCAAUGUCGCCCAUCUCCAGAAGCUGGUUUCAAUGGCUAUUCUCCAAGUGCGCCGAGUAACGGCUACGGUCCACCAGCACCUCAAUACGGAGCACCGCCACAACAACCAAUAGUACACAAGCACGUCUACGUCCACGUUCCACCACCUGAAAAUGAGUACCCUGCACCGCGCAAGACCAUACCAGUGGCGCCUGCGCAGAAGCACUACAAGAUUAUCUUCAUAAAGGCACCUACUCCACCAACCCCAACAGCGCCAGUCAUUCCAGUGCAACCGCAAAACGAGGAGAAGACGCUGGUGUACGUCCUCGUGAAGAAACCCGAACCCGAACCGGAGAUCGUCAUACCAACCCCCGCUCCCACGCAACCGAGCAAACCGGAGGUGUAUUUCAUUCGGUACAAAACACAGAAACAAGAGAGCGGCUACCCCGACAGCGGAGUACCUCAGUCGUACGGGCCACCAUCAGCGCCCUCUGGCGAAUAUGGCGCACCCUAAUGUACCGGUAGUCCGCCGAACCACCAACGUAGGUUUUCGUUACUAAAUGUGAUCGUAAUUGUCGUGUUAUAUAUUAUUAGUAGAAUCGGUGACAAAUUAUACCUUAGGACCAUAGAUUUUAAGUUUUACAUACCAGUAGGAUAGCAUAUUUUUUUAUUUUCGUAUGCGUAAUAAAAUUUGUUAAUUUAUAGAAUUUAUAAAACAGA